ACUUUAAAGAUAUUUUUGAAAACAGAAUCCAUUUUCAAUUCCGAGGUAUUUAAAAUAUUGUUAUCAACAAAAUCAUCUAACGCCUCAACAGUGUAUCGGCAUGUGCAUCGAAUUUACGCGCUUCGCAACACUACCCACCUAUUAACCUCAAAGGGGCCACCAAGAUACUUUCAACGCAAGCAUUAAUUGCAGAAGAAAAGAAAAUAAUUCUGGUUUAAGGACAACUGGUUGGGGUAUCACGCUUUUGCGGAGGACUGGUGGCACGAAUGGGACGCCAUGCCAGCUAAGAGGAUGACGGCCACAAUAGCAGCCCCCAGCGGUUCCACCAACAAUAAUAAUGCACAAGGAGGAGCUGGAGUUCGCCCUCUGGAGACACUAAAUGGAAUGGUUCGACUGGCUCCGGCCAGGGAUCUAACCCUCGGCGGGCGUGGCGCUGGACCCAACAACAAAAAGGUUUUUGCCCCAAACUUAAAUGCGGUGCGCAACAAAAAUGCAAAUGUUAAAACCUCUAAAGACACUUCGCAACCCAGGGGCGGUCGUCGAGGUGGGCGUGGCAACGGCGCAGGAUCUGGCCGUGGACGUGGAGGCGGAGGCGGUGGAAGCUCUACGCUUAUUCAAACCCAAGGCCUUUUUUCCGAGGGCGCUGGAGAUGGACAUCUGCGCCGUUCCACGGGCAAUGGUUCUGCAUAUGCCAGGGCUGGAGAUGAGGUAGCGGUGGCUAGAAAAAGGGCUGACCGGAAGGACGACAAAGCCCAGGCGUUGAGAGUCAAAGAACUGAUCGGCGAAUCUGACGUCAGUGAUGUGGAUGAUCCCAGUGAUGAAGAUGUCAAUAAGACUGAGAUGGCUUUACGACCAAUCCUGCUAAAGGAGGGUCUUUGGAGCACCCAAAAACCACCUAUUGUAAAACAGGAGGAUGAAAGUAAUUCAACAACAAAUCAUUUAGAUUCCCUGGCUGUGGCUAACCAUCUGCAAAAGCUACACGUGGCUGCACAGGCUGCAAAAAUGGAAGAACCGCCGCUUCAGUACGGCCGUUAUCCUCGUAGCAUUUGCAACUUUCUGGACUCCCCUCAGUCUCAGAUAUUCCUCAUGCAGCUGCCCGAUGUGCUGCCUAGUGUAGGAGAUGAAGCUGAAGAUUCCGAACCGUCCAAAGCAGAGAUAGCCGCAUCUGCCAGUGAAGGUGAACCCAGCACAACCAGUGUCAAAUCGUCCAGUGUAAAGGACAGCGUGUUGCGUCAGCUGGAAGAUGGGCAGAUUGGCAAAAUCCUGCGCUAUAGAUCAGGACGUGUUAAGUUGCAGUUGGGCGACACGCGCUUUGACUUGGAUAUGGGGCUCGACCCGGGCUUCUUGCAGGAACUCAUGUCUGUGACGGCAAAUCGAGAACAGCGUAGCGGAAACAUGAUCAAUCUGGGACCCAUCCAGGCUAAGCUAAAGGCGACGCCCGACUGGGUACAUCUGUUCGAGCAGCAGGAGGCGGCCGCCAAGCGAAUUCCCAACACGUAGCACAUCCUUCAACCUCCCCAGUAGAAUAAUUUAAUUUGUAAAUAGGCUGCGCCUAAUCAUAAGUUAUUCCUUCUUUUAACUCCAUUUAUGUUUUAAAUAUAGAAAUUUCUAAUGACAUAAUAUAAUAUUUCUACAAGAAAAAAACUUUUGGGUCUGUUCAAGAAUGAAACGUGUAAUUUAAUCGAAUUUAAUAAGGACUAUUAACUUGCCAAAUUAUUUUUACCAAUUUAUAAAUUAUAGGUGUUUAAUAAACUGAUAGGGAUUCCAUUAAAUUCAAAUUUAAAAUCGAAAUUUAUUUAUACAAUUUCUAUUAGGUUAGAAACUAUUAUAUUUAGUUUAUAGGAAUUAGAAUUUGUUUUUAACACAUCGUCGAUGUAAACAGAAAUUUGCAAAAAUACCAACAGAACUUUUUGUUUAUUGUUGAUAUGGAAAUGUCUCACAAAAGUAUUGAUUUACACCAUUUAUAUUUUAUACUACUUGUUCAACAUGGCUAAAGCACAAAACAAAACAGAGCCCAUAGUUUAAUUGUUAACAGUUUACGCAUAUUUAUUUUUAUGUAUUGGGAACAUUCAGAGAAAUCAAUAUAUAAAAAAAAUGUUUAUAUAUGAA